AACGGAGUUCCGAGGGUGUACGGAAUUGUGCCGGUGGACUAGAAACUCCCGCCAUUUCGACAGGAAUUAACCUCUUGAUUGAUCCACGUUACUUUUUCUUAACACUUGCUUAUUCUGUCAUCUGAUACUAAGAAGCUCCGACAGUGCGAACAUGCAGCGAGCACAACUGAUGAAGUGAGAACAGGCCUAGUUUGCAAAGACUUGGGAUUGUACAGCGCGCCAGACCUCCCGCUGAACUGAGCUUUGGCUGUUGCCGCGAGUUUGAUUUCGGUGUGGGUUUGCAUCCUUUCAUGUUCAUCCGGAGGAGCUAAAAGUUUACUAACUACACCGAGAGACAAGUCCGGCAACCUGUUUAACAUCCAAGACGUCGCGUGAAACCAGCAUGGCACUGCUGCUAGAUGAGAGAAGAAGGAUGCGAUGAGGCUGGUGGCAAGAAGCGCACUGUUAUUGUUUUGCAACGAGAUAGCAAUCCAGCCUGCUAGCUAGUCGGCUAACUUAGCUUCUACACGUUGAGUGCCGGGCCUGCCGGCGGUAACGUGAGACGUGCUAAGAUAUUUCGGGUCACUUGCAUACAUGCUAAGGACAUAUUAUUGUAUAUUACUGUGCUAGUUUGUUGCUAGAAUAUUUGAUUUUACUACUGGCACCCGUGCCAUCUUUGGAUUUGCAAUGGCACCGCUUUUAGGCCGGAAACCCUACCCACUGGCUAAGCCGCUAACCGAGCCACCAGGCCCGGGAGAGGAGGUCUACAUCAUCGAGCACACCAAGGAGGCCUUCAGGAACAAAGAAGAGUAUGAGGCACGCUUGAAGAGGUACAGCGAGCGCAUCUGGACAUGCAAAAGCACUGGAAGCAGCCAGCUCACACACAAAGAAGCAUGGGAGGAGGAACAAGAAGUUACAGAGCUGCUUCAGGAGGAGUAUCCCCAGUGGUUUGAGAAGCCGGUCCUGGAGAUGGUCCACCACAACACAGUGUCUCUAGACAAACUGGUUGAAAUGGCCUGGGUGGAAAUCCUCACCAAGUACGCUGUGGAUGAAGAGUGUGACUUCCUGGUGGGGAAGGACAAAACUUUGCAAGUGAAGGUGGUGAAGGUCCAUCCCCUAGAAAACCCAGAAGGGGAGACAGGAGAGAAGAAGCUUGAAGGUGCCUGCGACUCUCCAUCCAGCGACAAGGAGAACGCAAGUCAGGAGAACCAGAGGAAGGAACCUCCUCCACGAGAAGAAGAGAACAGGAGGGAGAGUCUCAGUGACAGAGCACGACGUUCACCAAGGAAACUUUCCACUGCCAUGAAGGAAGAGAAGAAGAGAUGGGUGAUGCCCAAAUUCCUUCCUCAUAAGUACGACGUGAAGCUCAUCAAUGAGGAUAAGGUGAUUAGUGACGUUCCAGUUGACAGUCUUUACAGAACGGAGCGCCCUCCAACCAAGGAGAUCAUGCGCUACUUCAUCAGGCACUAUGCCCUGAGGCUGGGCAUGGGAGAGAGCGCUCCGUGGGUGGUUGAGGACGAACUGGUGAAAAAAUUUAACCUGCCCAGCAAAUUCAGUGACUUUCUUCUUGAUCCACACAAGUUUUUAGCAGAGAAUCCCUCCGCAAAGCGUAAGAGCUUGUCAUCUCUAGAGGGUAAACCUAGCAAGAAGCUGAAGACCUCGGACACACCAGGAGAGGAUUCAGGAAAUGAGAAGGGAGAGAAGAAAAGGAAAAGGAAGAAAGACUCUUUAGGCCCGCCCCUUAGUCCGACAAUUUGGGGCCACAUGCAGAAAAUAAAAAUGAACGGCUCCCCACUCAACGUAAAGAAUUCGGGAUCACCAAAGAAAGGAGAAGGCAAAGGCUUGGCUCCCUCCACUCCAAAAUCAGGCAGGAAGUCCGGGGAGAAGAAAGAAGGAAAGAGAGCUGGAAAAAGUGGUGAUAAGAAGCUCAACGUCCUUAAAGCUUCCAAAAAGGAGGGUAAAGCUGGUGCUAAGACACCGAAGAUGAAGCAGAUGACUCUGCUGCAUCUGGCUAAGAGCCCCCCUGCUGGGAGCCCUAAGAAGAGAGCCCGCAGUACUGGCAUGGGUACACCUAAACUGGGGAAGCCACUGCACCCGAUGGCUCUCCACCUCCUUCGUUACUAUAAGGAGAACAAGGGCAAAGAGGACAAAAAGAACUCCCUGUCCUCCCUCAUCUCCAAGGCCGCAAAGACCUUGUCCCCAGAUGAUCGUGGCCGGCUGCCACCGGAGCUCAAGGAGCUGGUGCAGAAACGCUGGGAGCUACUGGAGCAGAAGAGGCGAUGGGCAGCCAUGAGCGAAGAGGAAAAGCAGGAGGAGAUGAAGAAAAGGCGCAAGGAACUCAAAGAGAAGCUGCGAGAAAAGGCCAAGGAGAGACGCGAGAAGGAGAUGCUGGUCCGCCGUGAACAAUCACGCAGAUACGAGGACCAGGAGAUCGAAGGCGGCAAAACCCUGCCAGCAUUUAAACUUGUAGACAUGCCUGAGGGGUUGCCCAACACUCUGUUUGGUGAUGUGGCUAUGGUCGUAGACUUCCUUCACUGCUAUGCAGGGCUGCUGAUGCCGGAGGACCAGUAUCCUAUCACCGCAGUGGCUCUGAUGGAAGCACUGGCCGGGGAGCGGUCCGGCUUCCUCUACCUGAACCGCGUUCUGGUGGUGCUGCUCCAGACGCUUCUGCAAGACGAGCUGGCUGAAGGCUACAGUGAGCUCGAUAUGCCCUUAUCUGAGAUCCCCCUUACCAUGCACUCUGCGUCGGAGCUGGCACGGUUGUGCCUGCGACCGUGUGAUGCUCAUGGUGAGGAGAGCGGCCAGGGCUCCGUGGACUCUGGGGGUUUGGGGGGCUUUGAUGAUGUGGUGACCAGCGAGUUCUUGGAGAGGCUGGAGACAACGGAGGUGUUUGAGCUGAGCCCUGAGGAGAAGGUCAGCCUGCUGGUGGCACUGUGCCACCGUAUACUCAUGACAUACUCGGUUGAAGACCACGUGGAGGCAGUGCAUCAACGGUCAGCUGAGGUGUGGAAGGAGCGUCUGGCAAUGCUGAAAGAGGUCAAUGACCGCAAGAGGGCAGAGAGGCAGAUGCGGAAAGAGAUGGAGGGCAAAGGCGAGAAGAAGAAAGAGGGCGGGGCUAAGAAGGAGAGCAAAAAAGAAGUAAAGGUGGAGCCAGAGGACAUGAUCAGCUCUGUGAAGAAUCGGCGGCUGAUGGUCAUGCAGGCCAAGAAGGAGAAGGAGGAGAUGGACAGACAGAACAAAGAGCGCAUGGAGAAGGAGGCCGAGGAGGAGCGGAUGCGUAGACAGAGGGCUGCUGUAGAAAAGGCCUUUCAGGAUGGUAUAACCAAAGCCAAACUAGUCAUGCGCAGGACCCCACUGGGUACAGACAGAAAUCAUAACAGAUACUGGCUUUUCUCUGAUGUGGUUCCUGGUCUGUACAUUGAGAAAGGCUGGGUGCAUGAAAGCAUCGACUACAACUUCACCCCUCCACCAGAGGAAAAACCAGCUGAGCCCGAGGUUGAAGAGGAAGAGGACAGUGAGUCGGCUGCACCUCAGGAUUCACAAGUAAUUGCAGGAGCUGAAAAGGACGAUGGCAGUAUAGAUGGUGCUAUUAGUGAGGGCGCCCAGCAGGGGGCGGCAGUAGACAUCUGCAUAGAAACCACCAUUCCCAAUCAGGGGCAGAAUCUCUGGUUCGUGUGUGACACCAUUCCCGAGCUGGAGGAGCUGGUGGAAAGUCUUCAUCCUCAGGGGGUUAGAGAGAGUGAACUGAAGGCGAAGAUACAAAGCAGGUAUCGGGACAUCCUCCACUCUAUCCAUCUGGCCCGUAAGGGCAAAAUGGGCCUCAGGACCUGCGAUGGCUACGCAGAGCUGCUCAAUUACCUGCGCAGUGACAUCCAGGAGGUAGCCUCACGACUCCAGAAGGGAGGCCUCGGAUACCUGGAUGACAACGUAGACAUCGAAGAUCAGUUGAAAGACAUGGAGAGCUUGAAAGACUUCGGUGAGUGUAUCAUCACCAUUCAGGCCUGCGUGAUCAAAAAGUUCCUGCAGGGCUUCAUGGCCCCCAAGCAGAAGAAGAAGAAGAAGCAAGGCGGGGAGGAAAGCAGCAGCAGCAAGGCUGAGGAGGUGGAUGAUGAGAGGAGACUGGCAGAAGAGGCCAGGGUGGCAACGGCGGUAGAGAAGUGGAAGACCGCAAUCCGAGAGGCCCAGACCUUUUCCCGCAUGCACGUCCUGCUGGGAAUGUUGGACGCCUGCAUAAAGUGGGACAUGUCUGCCGAGAACGCUCGCUGCAAAGUCUGUCGCAGGAAAGGUGAUGAUGAGAAGCUUAUCCUCUGUGAUGAGUGCAACAAGGCCUUCCACUUGUUCUGUCUGCGACCAGCCCUGUACCGCAUUCCUGCCGGAGAGUGGCUGUGCCCGGCCUGCCAACCUACUGUGGCCAGACGUGGCUCCCGCUCAAGGAACUACAACCAAGACACAGAUGAAGAAGAGGAUGAGGAGGAGUCUGAAGAAGAGGAGUCUGACGAAGAUGAAGAGGAUGAGGAAGAGAACGACUACAAAGCCAUGGGGCACAGCUUGAGACCAAGGAAGAAAAACAAGCAGUCUUCGUCUCGACAGAAAAGCUCAAAAAGUAAACCCAAGAAGCAGUCGUCUUCAAACAGUCAAGGCAGCAAACAGCGGACCGGCCCAAACAGCCCUGCAGACAUAGAUGAACUGGUACGGCAGAGUUCCCUGUCGGGAGUGCGCAGGCAGGCGCUGGAGCUGGAGAGGUGCGAGGAGAUCCUCAAGAAACUGAUGAAAUUCCGCUACAGCUGGCCUUUCAGGGAGCCUGUGUCCCCCGAGGAGGCAGAGGACUACCUGGACAUCAUCUCCCAGCCCAUGGAUUUCCAGACCAUGCUGGGAAAGUUCAGCCAGGGCUCCUACCGUCACGGCCAGGAUUUCCUGGAAGACAUGAAGCUCGUCUUCUCCAACGCAGAGGAGUACAACCAGCAGGGCAGCACCGUGCUCUCCUGCAUGGUCAAGACAGAGCAGACGUUCACUGAGCUGCUCCAGAAGCUGCUGCCUGGCCUCAGCUACCUCCGCCGGCGAUCGCGCAAACGCGUCAGCCAAGCCCCUGCGACUUCUGAGGAGGAGGAGGAGGAAGACGAGGAGGAAGAAGAAAAUGAAGACGAAGAGGAGGAUGAAGAAGAGGAAGAGGAACCUAAGAAGAAGAUGCAGAAUGGCAAAUCAAACAGGAAGAAAACCCGAAAUGCUCGGGGACGGGGGGACGAGGAGAGCGAGAGUGGCGAGGAGGACGAGGAGGAGGAGGACGAGGAUGAUGAGGAGGAGGAGGAAGAGGAGGAGGAUGAUGAUGAUGGCAGGAGGAGAAGUAAGCGGACCUCUGCAACCUCAGGCAGGAAGGAUUACAGGGAGCAGGAUAGCGAUGGCGAGCGGGACACACGGAGAACUCGUCAGCGGGGGGGCCAGGGCGACGCCGGGGGAGCAAGCAGCGACGAGGACCGGUCCAGCCAGCAGCGACAUUCCAAAAGACAGAAACGCUCGUGAAGUCCAGGGUGCUUUUUUGUUUUUGUUUUUGUCGUCUCUCUUUGCUUUAAAAAUUUCUGUCCCGCUCCUCUGAAAACGAUCAAGAGCCCGUCUCCUCCACCUCCUCCUCCUCCUCUUCCUCCUCACAGCCAGCGGGACUUAAUCCUCAGAAGGACUUUGUUUUUGUGUUUAUUGAAUUUCUGUUCAUAUUUUGGAAAACGACAAAAGAAAACUGAUUUAUAUUUGUAUCUUGUUUAAUAUUGGUGAUGUUUAUUUUCCCCAACCAAGAAAAAUUAGACAUUUGAGAUGACUGACAGGUCCUUGUAGCUCUUAAGACUGAUUCGUUAACAACCUCAUACACACUUGUAAUCUGACUUAAAAUGUUGUCCUGUGAACUGCUUUCUCAAACACCAGUGUAAUCAGAGAUCUUUCUUCACUCUUGACACUUGUAGUCCAGCCAUCACUUUACUGGGGUGUCUAUCUGUAAAGUGUUUGUCCCACCCACGUCUUUGUUACAAGUCAUGGUGUUUAGUACUUCUUUGUCAGAGACAUGGUGUCCACGCAGCCGAAACCCUCUGGAAAAUCUUUCUCGGCUGAUGAUGAACUUUUCCCGUCACCUGUAAAUCACUCUUCCUACCAAGCAUCUUGACACCACCUUUGGUCAAAUGCAACUCUAUAGAUGAACAUGAUAGGAUUCUCACUAGUGUUAGUAUGUAUGUUUUUCUAGCCCAGGUGCAGAUUUGUUGUCAAAAGCCGAGUCGAGACUGCAGAUCACAGACGUAGUCGCAUCACUUCAGUGCUAAAACACAAGUUUCAUCUCAGCUCUUGGUGCCAAGAUGUGUUCAAAAGCCGGGACCCGACUCGGCAUCUUGCUCUUGGCGUGUAGAUCCGACCAGCCUUUUCCUUCUCUGCAGUGCCCUGCCACUUUAAACGAACCGGUACCUCAAUGCUCCGUCAGUUUGCACUCCUCCUGUGUAAAGUGCACCUGUUAAUGCCAGCAGCUGCAGGACCAGAAUUUAUUGAAAAAAAAAAAAAAAAAAAAAUAUUU